AUGGACACGACGACGGCACCGAUUCUGCUAGGCGUAGGCGGCAGCCUGCUCUUCCUCUCCAUCGUCCUCCUCACCGCGAGACUGUGGUCGCGCCUCCGACCCAUUGUGCGCCUCCACGCCGACGACUGGACCGUCCUCGGCGCCACCAUCCUAGCCACAGUCUCCUACACCCUCCUCUCCGCCUCGACCUACCACGGCCUAGGCCGCCAAUCCCGCUUCGUGUCCCUCCCCCGCCGCCGCACCGCCCUCAAACUCCUCUUCCUCUCCCAACUCCUCUGGUACUGGGCCAUAACCUGCGUAAAACUCAGCGUCGCCUUUCUCCUCCUGCGCGUCAAGUCCCCGCACCGCGGCUGGCGCUUGUUUCUAUCCUCCAUCAUCAUCUUCCUCGUCCUCGCCGCCGUCGUGCAGACGUGCUUCCAAUUCCUGCAGUGCCGCCCUUUCUCCGUAUUCUGGGACCCGCGCGUUUUUAUGCAGGGGCCUGUGACGUGCUUUCCUACACGGGUGAUUAAUGGGAAUAUUGUAGCUUUCUCGGCCAUCCAAGUCGGCGUCGACCUCAUCUUCUCCUUCAUCCCCAUCACCUUCAUCCGCAAACUGCAUCGCCCCCGCCGGGAAAAAAUCUUCAUGUGCGUGCUCAUGGCCCUCGGAUUAUUCGCGUCCUGCGCGGCGAUUAUUAGGACAUUGCAGUUGCCGGGGUUUUACACGACGAGGGACCUGUUUAGGAGUAGUGUUGUUACGGCGCUGUGGGCGGUCGUGGAAUUGCAGUUUGCAAUCAUUGCGGCGACGAUGCCGACGUUGAAGAGGGUGGGCGAGGGGGUGUUGGCGAGGUUGGGCAGGUAUUUUUAUGAGGAGGGGUGUGAGAGGGUGGUGAGGGGGAGGUUGGUGGCUUUUGGGUUGUUGGAGGAGGAGGAGGGGGUGGAUGGGGGGAGGGAGGGAAGGGGGCGGAAGGAGGUUGGGAGGGAUGUGGAGAAGGGGAGGGGGAAGGGGAAGAAGGAGGAGGAGGAGAGGGUUGUGGGCGAGUCGGUCAGGAGUAGUGUUGAGGAGACGGGGAGCGAGAAGGCGGUUGAGGAGGUGUUGGGGAGGGCAAAGGGGUGGGUUUAG